AUGGCUCUGCCUUGGGCAGUCUUGCUGGUUCUCUUGGGUUUCCAAGCCCAAGGAGCUCAAACAUGGUGUUCUGAAAAGGAUGAACCCUACAUUGAUAAACCAGUCAGUGAUCCUGACAUAGUGAAGUUUGCUGUGAAUACAUUCAACAAUCAGAGCAAGGAUGAGUAUGCCUACAGAUCCAUUCACAUCAUGAGUUUCUCAAAGGUACAGGAAAAAUUAUCAGCAACUUUCUUCAUGAAGCUGAGGCUGAGAAGGACCAUCUGUAAGAAAUUCGAGGACAGCCUAGAUACCUGCCCUUUUCAAGACAGUCCUGAACUGGACAAUAUGUACAUCUGCUCCUUCACCAUCAGCACCCCACGCUCAAAACAAUUCAACAUGUUGAAAAUUACUUGUCCUACGGGGCCUCCAUGACUGGAACCCACCACAAGGAACUACCCACAGCACUGGUCCAAGCCUGCUCCUUUUUCUGAAGAUAUCUGCCAUUCAUAGGAAGCGG